GCUGUGAAGAGGCCAGAAAACGGAGCGCAUGCGCAGUGGGCACAGUACUGGUCAGUCUGAGCAGCAGCUGUUCAGGGCUGGUGAAAUUCCAACAUGGCAGUGGCUGUGGUCAGUGUUUCCUGCGUUAACUUGGGAUGGUUUCAGCUCGCGCGUAACCCGGCUUAACCUCGACACCGCAUUCAUCCGCAGAGCGCCUCAUCGGGAUCGAUGCGACCCUAACUCCCCCACGUGAGAGGUCACCAAAAGGGGAAAGAAGAAGAAGCAAAAGAGGCAGCAAAAUCUCCAGCCCGACAUGAUCAGCAGCAGCAGCGUCUAUGGCUUAAAGAUGCAGUGGACCCCCGAGCACAGCCAGUGGGCCGAGCAGCAUUUCGACAUCUCCUCCACCACCCGUUCACCAGCACACAAGGCCGAGGCGUACCGGGCGGUGCCUGGCCACCUGCAACGCUCCGCCACCUACCAGUAUGCUUGGGCCAAUGACGACAUCUCUGCCCUCACCGCCUCCAACCUGCUGAAGAAGUACGCUGAGAAGUACUCUGGCAUCCUCGAGAUGCCGGGCUCAUAUCCUGAGGUGCCCGGCGUCCCAGGAGUGAUGAACGGGCGGAAAGGCGAAUCAGAGCCCUGGCAGGAUGGGGUCUACCCCAUGAGUUGCAUCCCAGAGGGGGUGUCUAUCAGGAAGGGAGGGGUGGCAGCAGCUUCUGAGGUGGUGUCAGGAAUGUGCAGCUCCCCUGGCCUGGCAUCCAGCACGCUCAGCGAGCCCAGCUACUCCAGCAGCAGCUGUGGGAGCCACUCGGCCACAGCCCUCCACUCUUCCUCCAUACCCUCUCAGGAAUACGGCCCCACGUACAGCGGCGCCUACCUGCACAGCAGUUAUAGUUCCCAGUCCGCCCCCGCCCCGGCCCUUCCCUCCCCGCUGCACAGCUCUGGGCUCCUGCAACCCCCUCCUCCACCCUCUCACCCCACUUUAGUCCCAGCAUACAAUGGAGGCUCCCCAAACUUGUCUGGUUAUAACUACCCCCCAGCAGGUUACCCGGCUCAGAGCUCAGUUGGGCCAGGAUACAGCCCUGGAGGAGCACCGCCUCCCUCAUCGUACCUCCCCUCAGGCAUUGCUGCCCCCACACCUCUUCCCCCCUCUUCUGCUUUACCUGGAUACCCCUACCAGAGCCAUAACUUGACCCCAAUCGCCCCUACCCCUCUUAACAGCAGCUCCUCCAACACAUUAAAGAGGAAGGCUUUCUACAUGGCGAGUCAGGGGGAGAUGGACUCGUCUUACGGUAGCUUUGGCUACGCCCAGGCUCGGAGCUCAGCAGAGUCUCCCAUGUACAGGGUGGCGGACAGCAGUAGCGUCAACGGCUCCAACAGCUCCAGUGGUAGCGGAUUUGACAGGAACGCAGAGAAGUCGUCUUUACCUUUUAAUCCUCAAAAACAGUCCACAAUACCAUCGGAGCAGCAGCAGAGGAAGUACGGCGGUCAGGCAAUGGGCGGAUCACUGACUCCACCAGCUUACGUCUCCUCCACCCUGGGGGGCUCCCGCUCAGCAGACUCUCUUCCAAGCUUCACCUCCCCUUCCCUCAGCGAGCAAGGCGCUGACGAUCAUCGUCUCCACAUGGCCCACUCAGCAGCAGGGCCUACCUCCUCCUCAUCCACAUCUUCCUCCCGACCUGCUGAGGAGCAGCUGAAAACCUGCGACCCCCACCUCCUGGAAAUGGUGACCUCAGAGAUCAUUCAGCAGGGCCCUCCGGUGGAUUGGAGCGACAUUGCUGGUCUAGAAAUGGCCAAGGGGACUCUGAAGGAGGAGGUCCUGUGGCCCAUUCUGCGGCCAGACAUGUUCAGCGGUUUGGGACCGGCCCCCCGCUGUGUGUUACUGUUUGGCCCAAGGGGCAGUGGUAGGACGUUGCUAAGCCGCUGCCUGGCCAGUCAGCUGGGGGCGCAAUUUCUGCAACUAAGUGGUUCCACCUUGGCCACCAAAUGGCUUGCAGAUGGAGGAGAAAUUAUCCGAGCAUCGUUCCUGGUGGCGCGCUGCAGGCAGCCAUCUGUGCUGUUUAUCAGCGAGGUGGACAUGCUCCUGUCUGCACACCUCAGCGAAGAGAGUCCCAUCAACCAGCUGAAGGGGGAACUGCUUGCCCAGUUAGACUCUCUUCUAAUUGGUUCAGGUGAGGAUGGGGGCAACCAAGUAUUGGUGGUUUGCUCUACAAGCAGACCCCAGGACAUGGACGAAGGACUGCGCAGGUACUUUGCUCGGAGGGUACUGGUACCUCUGCCGGAUAGCACGGCCCGACACCAGAUCAUGAACCAGGUCCUGGCCCAAUCUCAGCACAAAUACUGCUUGAGUGAGGAAGAGCAGGCCCUACUGGUCCAGCAUACUGAGGGCUUUUCUGGACUGGAUCUGGCCAGACUUUGCCAGGAGGCCAUUGUAGGUUUAUUACACAUCUCUGCACAGGGCAUGGACAUGACGAGCAUGAUGCCCAGGGGCCAGAUGAGGCCCCUUACCUACCAGGACAUUGAAAGUGUCUGUUGUAAAUUCCAAGCCAGUAUAUCACAAAAAGAGAUUGACACUUACACCGAGUGGAACAAAAUGUUCGGCUGCAGUCAGUAAGGAGAUGGAUACCGCCCUUGAGAAAAGAGGCUUCCACAGUUCCUCCCCUCAGGGCAAAAGCAUUUGCUGGAGGGAAAGGCACACAGAAGGCCAACACAUGCCCACUGUGUUCUGACAAGCAGGGUUUAGAUGCACCCAGGAACCUGGUUUGAUGAGACAACGGGCAGUUUUGCAGUUAAAGAGCGAGAGAUCUGAUCUGAAUGCUUGACGCUAAUAAAAGCGAGGCAUUGUUUACACACUGCAAGUGAGUUGGCUUUACAAGAGACGCUCCAGUGUCCAUGUGUACAUAGUUAUGUUGUCCUUCUUGAGAUUCAGUUGGCUAUCCAAGUGCCUGAAGUGGUGCUUUCUGAUUUUCUUAAUUUGCGUCACAAUCUCCAUUCACGGCAUGAACUAACAACUAUUAAGAGCUUUAAACCUUCAGCAGUGAGUCUGAAAAAACCCAGAUUUGACAGUCACCAUCGGUGGUGGUUAAUCAUCCUUCAUUUUCUCGGUAGGAGCAGCAAUCUAUUGGAUUUGCAUUUAUUUCCCCUCAUCCUUCGUCUGCAAACACACUUGUGUUAAAACACUCAGGAAAUCAUUUGUAAAUUGUACAGUACCUCAAGAUAUCUUGACGUAAAGCACUAAGAUCUGAGAGGAGAAUCCGGCAGUGCUAGGUGUACCUCAGCUGGCCAGGACUGAUAGCAAAGGGGUGACAAUGAAUGUACGAGAUGUGUGGAACAUUAUCUAUAGUAGAGUAAAAUCAUUGUCUUUUUUAGUUUCUUUUUCAUCGCAGCAGGUGCUUCAGUUACCUGUUUUACUUGACCAGUCCUUAAACUUAUUACCAAUGCUCUUAAUAAAACAGUUAUGGCCCAGCUUGGCUUUGCAGGGAGUCUUUAGAGAUGCUGGGAUGUUGUACAUGUAUUAAAACAACCAUAAUCACCAUUGUUUAUAUUACAUGGCUGUAAGUUCAGGCUGCUUGGAGGCUCCAUCGGUCAAUCAGCUGCCGCUUCGGUACAGUCAGUCGUCACACUGUAAGAUAUUCUUUACAAACGAAUAACAUAUUACCACAUUUUUGGACAAACAUUUGCUUUCUUACUGUGAAGUACAUGAGCUCAAGCUAAGAUUGUUUACCGUUUUUCUUUUAGGUCAGUAUAAAAACUAACUGUCCAAAAAGUUCAGAAUGAAGGAAGUUUUACACAGAAUAUGCUAACAAGCUAACUGCUGGCUAACGUCAAACAGCUGCACGCGUCUGCAGUUUCAGCCUAAUUAUCAACACGAGUUAUCUGGAAAUAUUUUAUUCUAAUCACCAUCAUAUGGAAGCCGGUUUCUUUCUUUGGUUCAGCUUUCUGUUUGGUGUCUUUCAAGUUUAAAGUCCAACUAAAAUCACAUUUAGUCAUCUUCUCAAACUCGUGCUGUAUUAUUCUGGUGAUAGGAAGCUACGCGUAGCUGUUGCGUGUCUUUUGAUUGCAUAAAGCAAGCCAAGUUUCAAGUUAUGAGGAUUUUAAUACCAGCAGUUUAGAGAUUUUUUAACAAGAACAAAAGUACAUUUAUUUCUUUAGAAGCUCUGCACACAAAAUGGAAGAUGUUUAAUAAACCAUGGCUGAAAUCAGGGCUGGGAUAUUAGUUUAUUACAAUCAGUGGAUCAAUAUUCUACAUAACUGUGUAGAAUAUGUGCACUGGUUGCACUUCGAGUCCAACAAGAAGUUCCACUAAACUUAAGAAUCCCGGGAUUAAAACUGCACAAUGACUUUAUCAUUUAUAGGAUAUAUUUAUAAAAAAUGGAUUAGAAUCAAUUUGAGGAAAAAAGUCUUGGAUGGUGUUUUCAGCCAUUAUUACCGGUUCCCUACCAACAACGUCAUAGUAAAAAAAUAGUUCCCUUUCAUGACGGCAGCUAUUUUCUCAAGAAAAAGAACUACCAAAAAUAUAUUUUGACUGAAAUAAUAAUAAUUAAAAUAAUUAUACAAAUGUCGGUAAAUAAAGCUCAACAGUAGAUGCGAAAGAAGUUGUGGUUAAGUUGUAUUUAUGGAUUAAAGUCAUGCACAUCUGCCACUAAUUUAACUCUCAUAAAAAUGUGCAGGCAGUUUAUUGAUGUUCUCGUGUCCCUUCCCUGGAACAUCCGAGGACUGCAGUCCACGUGAGAAAGCGUCUAAAAUCAGGACGAGCGUAGCGUCAUCGUCCAUGUAACCAUGGCAACGUUACAGCUGGCUGCUGUUUUUAAUGGGCAGGAAAAGGAAAUAAUUAACAUGCAUGUAAAAAACGUUUUGGCUGUUAUUUGACCAAAACUGGGAGUUCGUAGAGCACAAAACAAAAUGGUGAUUUACGUUGGACUUUAAGUUGACAGAUCUGACUUUACAGAUAGAAAAACAGAUUUUCAUGAAUGUUCUACAGAAUGAAAUUUAAUUGUUGUUUAACUGAUUUCUUAAGUUUUCUCAUCCUUUGUGUGUAUAACUCGUGUAAAAAGACGAUUAAUGGAGCUAACAGGUCAUUUUUAUCGUACUCAUUUUGACUAAAUUGCAUUAUUACUUGUCACGGCUGUUUUUAAGGCCUGAACAGUGUCUGAUCAGCAGAAAGGCAAAAUGAGUUACAAUCAGAACAGAUUAUAAUAUAAUCAUCAAUAUAAUCAAUAUAAUGAAUAAUCAGUAUAAUCCUGGCUUAUAAUCAAAGAUGUUUCACUUUUUAUUCGACCACAGAAAAAAUAAUCUAGUUCAAACCCUCGUCUCUAACUAUAUUUCCAUUUUGAUUUAUCAUCAUUUUACACAGACAUAAAGCAAAUAAAGUGGAUGUAAAUCACUAGUUUGAUUACAAUAAUGAUUCAGUGUUUAUCACAAAUUUUGCUAGAACACGAAUUAGCUUCAGGAUUCAGGGUCGAUAUGACUGAAGCAUGUUCUGGAUGUUGAUCUUUAAAAUGUUCAUGUGGAAAAGAAAGCUGAAAAAAGAAUUUCUAUUUGUGUAGAUUUAGAGUCUCAAACCAAAUAUUUUCCACUUGGUUAUAAUAUACGGAAGCCAAGGCCGGCCAAACUUCAAACAUCUUUUAACGUCGGUAUUUCGAUGAGGAAACGAAAGUUAACAGAAACGGCAGGAAUUUUCUCAAGCUGAAUUAACUACUGGUUUUUUUUUUUUUUUUGGCGUCCCCUAGCGACACCUAAUUCAGUUCAGACAACUUUAUUUAUACCAAUGGGCAAACACAACAAUCACUGCACAGAUCAGCAAUCAUAAUCUUAGUCCCAACAAAACAUUAACAAGUGUUGGUGGGACACAUGGUCACAGCAACAAAAUCCUGUCUACAGUUUGUCAAAUUAUAUCUAUAAUGUCAACGUAAAAGUAAAAGUAAUAAAAAAUAGAAAUCAUCCAUUUUCAUCCCGUCUCUUCUCUGAGAUCUCUUC